AUUUACAUUUUCUAUUUCACUUGAAAUUAAUAUUUGGCACAUGCAUGUAGACCAAGUCUUGUAUUUGAACUUUUAAAAAACUGUGUUCUCUACAUCUUCAUUCUCUUUGAAAAAUCACUAUAAAUUGGAGUAUAGAAGAACUUCACAGGCCACAAUUGUGUCUUAAAGUUAGUUAAGUAUUGGUUUAGUUGUUUGAAAUAUUAAAAGAUGGGCAGCGACGAUGGUUUUCUGAACAACUCCGGAAACGAGUCGCCAUGGUCCAGCGGCCUCUGUGAUUGCUUCUCCGACAUGGGAUCAUGUUGCUGUACAGCAUGGUGUCCAUGUGUGCCAUUUGGGCAAGCCUCAGAGAUCAUAGAUGAAGGAUCAACUUCUUGUUUUGGUAACGGAUUAAUCUUUUGUCUAAUUGCUACCUUUACACCCUGCAUUUGCCUUUACACUUGUUCGUAUCGAUCUCGAUUGAGGAAAAAAUACAAUCUUAAAGAAACACCAUGCAACGAUUGUUGCGUUCAUUGUUGGUGUUGGAGUUGUGCUAUGUGUCAAGAGUAUCGUGAGCUUCAAAACCGAGGUUUCAACAUGCAUAUCGGUUGGCAAGAAAAUAUGCAGAGAGGAAACAAGGGAAUAGAGAUCCCACCUACUGUCCCAGGACAAAUGAAACGUUGAAGUUCAAAUAAUGCAAGUGAUGGUUCUGAUCUCUAUGUAUUUUUCCCCCUCGAGUUCAAUAAUGUGUGGAAUUAUGUCUUAAUCUUUGUUUGAUUAACCAUAUUUGUUAAUCUGUAUACUAUAGUUUGUUAUUAUAUAUUUUGUUCAUCUUGUAUAUUUAAACUAGUGAGAAUACUUCUCCCUAAAUAAAUAUUGAAUAAGAUUUCAUUUGUUUA